CAGAAAACAACCUUGAGGAACCUUGAGGAGUGUCUGAAGUUUAGAAAACUUAGGGAUGGAGCCCCCCAAGAUGAAACCGGUGGUGGAGCCACUGUCCUGGAUGCUGGGCACCUGGCUGUCUGACCCUCCCAGAGCUGGGACCUACCCCACACUGCAGCCCUUCCAGUACCUGGAGGAGAUGCAUAUCUUGCAUGUGGCCCAGCCCAUGCUGAGCUUCUUGUUCAACUCCUUCCACCUCGACACACACAAGCAAAAAGAAUGUGGCUUCAUCCGCCUCAAGCCCGAUACCAACAAGGUGGCCUUUGUCAGCACCCAGAACACAUGUGUGGUAGAGGUGGAGGAGGGUGAGGUGAAUGAGCAGGAGCUGUGCAUCACAUCCCACUCCAUCGCCAGGAUCUCCUUUGCCAAGGAACCCCAUGUGGAACAGUUUACCUGGAAGUUCAGGCUGAAUUCUGAAGGCAAACUUGAACAGACAGUCUCCAUGGCAACCACUACACAGCCAAUGACUCAACAUCUUCAUGUCACCUACAAGAAGGUGACCCCAUAACCUAGAGCUUCUGGAGCCCUCAGAAGGGCCUGGCUACUGCAUCUCAAUGGUUCAGCUCCUCAGCAGACAGUCCAUGCAGCAGACGUGGGUGUGGUCAUGAGCCUGUCCAGGCUCAAGAGUGUUGUCCAGAAGGUCCUGUACUGGCAUAGAAAAACCAAAUAAAAGGCCUUUAUUUUU